ACAUGCACAAGUUAUUGUCGCGUCGUCCCGUGCACCAGCAGGAGGUCAACAUACUUUAUCAUGUGUUUUAUUGCUCCACGAUCGAAUGUUGUACGAAUAUCGUUCACUCAGCGGACGUGCGGUGGUUUUGUUUUCUUAAUUUUACCGUUGAGGUGCCUGCUGUGUUCAUCAUCCGGGCGCGGAUCGCGGAUCGCGGAUCGCGGCAGGUUGUACCAGGCCGUCUCAGGGUGUUCAAGGCAGCUGUAUCGACCUCCAGCGACCCCGGUGGUGCUUGGUACGGGCAUGGAAGUGUGUUCCUUCCUCCAUGGUACGGGCUAGAGCCAGGAGCGACCCUGGAGCUAGGUACGAGUCAGAACCAGGAACGAUCAUGACCCGCAGGCCGAGGCCGAUUUGUCCUUGCCAUUGAAGAAAACAUGUACCUUAACACAUAAAUUAGCAGAUUGAUAUAAACAAGCAGGACUUUUGGGCGCUUUAUCGCCCAAACCGGCGCGGAGACCACGAGGAAGUAGCCUCGCUGCAACCUUAUCUGUCAAAACAUUUUGCGACGAAGCUCAGAAGUGAAGCUGGUCUAAGUAGCCUGUUGCACGCUACUAGACUUCGCGUGUCAACGCUGCAGGUGACUGCUGUACUCCCCGUAGGUCUCUUUGUUUUGUGGUAGUAUAUAAAUUGCUGACAUUACCACCAGACUAGUUGCGAGAACAACGGUGAAGUUUUGGCGUAUUUUUUCCCGACCUUUUUGAAUCUCUGUGAAUCUCCAUCACAUCGCUCCAAGUACCGAUUGACCAAAGUUUUCUUGACUUUUCGCCUCGAAAACGAUACAUCUCGAAACGAAUCGAAACAGUGGGGUCUUUCCGAGACCGGACUAGUUUCGACAUCAAAAAUUUCUGUCAAAGAAAAACACUGGAAAUCGAAUCGCUUGGAUAGAAGGAGCGACCGUGAGAAUGAGAAUGGAAUCCCGUCUGUUGAACGCCGUGCUCCUGUUGUUGGUGGUCGUUUCAUCACCGAUUGUACGCGCCGCUCCCCCGGCAUUCGUAACCGCUCCAGCCAUACCAGACGACGAUGAGGAGGCCAUUCUAAAUCGACAGGAGCGAUCCGCCGGUUCUGGUUCUGGGUCCGACCCCUACGGGUACGAGGAUGACGAGGAUUAUGCUAACGUUAAACAAACGCGAGUCUACAAACCAGAAAUCCACCAUUUCCACGUCGACGCCUCCAUCACGGCACGCUUUGCCAGCACGUUAAUCAACAGCAUGCUGGUCAACGUGGAGGAAUACGCGCAAGAAGCAACCUUCUCCGUAGUCUUGCCUCAGGAGGCCUUCAUCAGCAAGUUUGUCAUGGUGAUCGACGGUGUUGCGUACGAGGCCGAGGUCAAGGAGAAAGAAAAGGCACAGAGGGAGUACGACGCGGCGAAGGAGCGAGGCCAGACGGCCGGACAGGUUAAACAGCACGAGACCAAACCCAACACCUUCAGCGUCUCCGUCAACGUUGCGUCCUACUCGGCCGUGCUGUUCAACUUAACCUACCAAGAACUGCUACAUCGCCGCCAUGGUGUCAUUGAAUACAAACUUACUAUCGACCCUGAACAGGUCGUUAGAAGUCUAAAAGUUGAUGUCCACAUCACAGAACCACAGGGUUUACUGAAAAUGGACGCCAUGUGGCAGUCCACUGCCGCAGGGGGCAGUUCCACCAAUGACGUCAGCAGCCCGAUACAGGAUGUGGUCUAUCUGGAGAGGAUGUCGCAAUACCGCGCCCAUAUUAAGUUCCACCCAACUAAGGACCAGCAGAAAAUGGAGCGCGCGAAUGGAAUCGUUGGUAACCUGCUCCUGCAAUACGACGUCUUGCACGACCUGAGUGCCGGGAGCCUGCAGGUGAUGAAUGGCUACUUCGUGCACUACUUUUCGCCAGAGGGACUGUCGCCGGCACGCAAAAAUGUCGUCUUCGUCAUCGACGUUAGCGGCUCCAUGGGUGGCUCCAAGAUCAGGCAGACCAGGGAGGCGAUGAGGACAAUCCUGGCAGACAUCCGCGAGGGAGACAGAUUGAACAUUGUGACUUUUACGGAUGACAUCGAGGUAUGGGAACAGGGAAAGAUGGUGGAGCGAACGGACACAUCCAUCAGUCAGGCUCUGGAGUUUUCGGACGGACUUCGCGCAUUGUACGGCACCAACCUUCAUGGUGGGCUGAUGGCGGCUAUUGACCUGCUUAAUGUGGCUGCCUUAGAGGACAGGCACGACGAGAGAGAUGCGUUCUCCAUGAUCAUCAUGCUGACGGACGGACUGCCUUCUUCGGGAGUAACCAAUCUCAACCAGAUACGUGACGACGUGCUUCGGGCCAUCGAUGGUCAGUUCUCCCUCUUCUGCCUGGGCUUCGGUUCCGAUCUUGACCACAACUUCCUGGACAAUCUGGCCACCGAGAACCAAGGCGUGGCCCGCAAGAUCUACACCGACAGCAGCGCCUCCCUCCAGCUCAAGGGCUUCUACAACGAGGUGGCAACCCCACUGCUCUUCAACAUCAACAUCGAGUACAACAACGUGGAGUCCAGCACACAGACCAGCUUCCUCAGCUACUUCGAGGGGACGGAGAUCAUUGUGGCCGGCCAACUGGCCAACGAGCUCACGGUAGUGGAGGGCGGAGUUGCGGAAUUAGUGGCGACAGUGUCGGCAAACUCUAUGGACACGUUUAUACAGCUGGACACCAAGGUGGAUGUACAGACCCCUCCCCCAGCCGUUCUCAGUCGGCACUCCGUGGAUGAUUUCUGUCAGCGCCUGUGGGCCUACCUGACUAUCAAGUCGCUUCUGCAAUCUCGCAAGAUCUCGAGAAAUAACAACGAGAAAGAGGCAUUAAAAUCCAGAGCUUUGGAGCUGUCCCUGAGGUACCAUUUCGUCACGCCAUUGACAUCCCUGUUGGUGGUGCGACCGGAGGAAGUGGAUGAGGUCCCGGCGCCGAUCGAUGGCGAAGCCCCGGUGGCUGAGGCAAACGAGGCGACUCAGGGUCAAGGGCCGGCACCCCCCCAAGGACACCCACCCCCGAGAAAGCAAUCCUCACCGCAAAACAACCCAUCAGGUAGCUCCGGUGCUCAACAGACAGGACAAAGUGGAGGUCGCGGUGGGGGUCGCGGUGGGGGCGGCGGUGGAGGCGGCGGUGGAGGAGGAUUUGCGGAUAGUGAUCCCCACUUCGUGGUGCAUGUCCCGGCGAGUGACGUCACCGUCUGUUUCGACAUCUUGGGCCAGGCAGGCGAAGUCUACAACCUACUGACAGACGAGACAUUGGGUAUCCAUGUCAUGGGCUUCAUCGUAGCAGCACCCAAGCCCAAGCCAGGGGCGCUCCGUACCCGUACGUACUUCGGCCGCAUUGCGGUGCAACUCGGAAGACAUACCGUAAAACUCUCCACCGGUGAUAUUGUCUUUGACAAUAAUAUGGUGCUGUCUUGGCAAAACGCUGUAACUGUACACAGAGGUAAUUGGUCUCUGGCUGUCCACGACAAGCAAGUAGAGAUUACCAAUACCGAUGGUGGUAUCAGUCUUGCCUUCAUGCUGCAUCGUAUGAACCCAGACAAUACCUUCAAAGUGGACCACUUGGGAUUCUACAUCGUCAACCACGAGGGGCUUACGGACCAAGUCCAUGGAUUGAUAGGACAAUUUCAGCGCAGACAGGUACGCGUCAAGCCGCAGAGCGAGCCCAAGGAUGGAGUGAUGGGUGAACUUACCGUCAUGGACCGGCGAGUCGACGUGGUGCAACGGUCGAGGAUGAACUCGCUCGUCGGUCACAAACAACCCUGCUGGUUCGCGGCCGGCAACGACCACGGCCUGAUAGACGGCUCGCAUGCCGAUUACUUGGUGCCACUGGAGAUGAUGCCGUGAACCAGCGUAGCUUUGUUCGGUUUGUAAUAAAACAGCAAUAAGUUGUUCUUUUCUAGAAGGAACUCGACAAGUGCUACAUUCCUCAAAAUUAUACUCCAUUUAGGCUACUAUUAAUAGCUCUUUGAAGUUGGCCUCCGUUUUAUGCUGUAAAGCUACCUUUGUUAGCUCUCCUUUUCAGCUGAAGAGACAAUAGACCUUGAUCAUGCUGCCACCAUUUCAGUCAUGUUUCCUGUAUCCCAUGACAGUACUUAAUGUUAAAGGGAAUGUACAUCAUUGGCUUUUGCUAUAAUUUUCUAGAAAUGAACUAUUUGAGGGGUUAGUAUAACU